AUGGCCCAGGAAAUAGUUCUUUAUUGGGGCGAAGGCUCUACUCCUUGCUGGAGGGUGAUGAUCGCCCUGGAGGAGAAGGGUUUAAGCAACUAUACCAGCAAACGUCUCGCCUUUGAAAAAAUGGAGCAUAAAUCGGCGGAGGUAAUGGCUCUUAACCCCAGAGGACAGCUCCCUACCUUCAAAUUUGAGGAGAAAAUCAUUAAUGAGUCCUGUGCUGCCUGCAUGUUCCUGGAGUGUAAAUUCAAGGAUCAGGGAAACCAGCUGACGCCAACUUCCUGCGACGAAAAGGCCAAGAUGUUUCAGCGUCUUUUUGAGGGCCUCACACUUGGCCAGAAGCUUGGUGAAGUCAUCUACUACGAUUGGAAGGUCCCGGAAGGAGAGAGGCACGAGAGUGCAAAGACAAGGAACAGAGAGGCUUUGCGUGCAGAGCUCCAACUGUGGGAAGGAUACAUGGCGAAAGAGACUGGACCUUACAUUGCUGGGAAGACCUUUUCCUUGGCUGAUGUGAUAAUUUUCCCAUCCAUCGCCUAUGCCUUCUAUCUCGGGUUGUGUCCUAAGCGUUUCCCUAAACUGGCUCAAUAUCAUGAUAUGGUAAAGGAAAGACCCAGCAUCAACAAAACAUGGUUUUCUGCCUGGAAAGACAACAACAAGGACACUUUGAAGGACAUCUGA